AGUUAACUUGCGCUUGUAUAUCCCUAAUGCCUUCAUUAUUUCAUCCUGAAAACAAAUCUGUUGUAAAUAACUCUCACUCUUUCAAGUACAUCUUAACUUUAUGAAGCUCAGAUAUGCAAAUAUACCGUUUAUAUUGUAAGACUGGAGAAACGCAUUUAUAGAGCUAACCGAUUGCAUUGACAAGUUACAGCGAUGGACGAGAACGGUAUCUCAAGUUAAUUAGUGUAUUAAAAUGCAGAACGUAGCCAAACUUUUACUUAAUUAUUCAGUGGUAUGAAACAUACUAAGGUUUAAUUUUAAGACGACUAGCCCAAUUGCACCAUACUGACAUAGUGUAAGUUACUAGAGUCUUCAAACUACAGUCACAAACCGGCCUCUAAACAAGGUAGCCCAGCAAUAAAAUUGUCACACAACUUUGCAGAGUUAGGCGAGCUCUACAUCUGUGUGUACAGAACUUAAAGCACUGAAUUAUCAAAUAAGCCUGCGCGUGGCUUUAAACCAUGCUGGUUUUAAAAAUACACUUGUCAUCAAGGAUGACGUGAUGCUCACCGCUCCGCUGCUGUUGUUUAAUUAAAAACAGCGAUAGGUAUUAUAAUGAAAAACAAAGAGAGGCGAAUCACACAAUCAUUUACUUCACAGAAAGUUCUUUUCCACGCCGAAGUAAGUGCAAAUUAGGAGCACACAACCUGUGUGAUGCAAUUUGACCCCUGGAGGAUCUUUUAUAGAACAGCACACUGUCCGUAGUCCCACUGAAAACAAUAAACAUUUGCCUAGACAAAUAUCAAAUAAAGAAGCGUUUACUUUUAAGGCAUCACAAAAGUUCUGAAGUACAAAGAGUAAACUCAGACACUUCUACUUUUCUGUAUUUUUUUUCUUCCCCUUCUCUGAGAGCUGCGCUCAUUUCUCCCCUCCCUAAAAAAAAAAACUUGUAGCCAAUCAUCUGUGUGCCAGCCCCCCAGGGGCAGGGCUGUCAUUGGCUGAAAGUUUCUAAGGUGAAAUAGAAGAGGAGAGUAUUUAUUACAGAGACACGGAGAGAGGGUUUGGAGAGCCGAGCUUGAAAUUGCCUAGGUGAAAUUGGGAGCCUUAAACUUUCCAAAACCAAGGAACUUUUUUUCUUCUUCUGAGAGGCAGAGAGAAAGAGGGGACAGAGAGGGGGCUAAUAAGACUAACUCCAAACUUUCCCACCUCCUUUUGACUAUCCUCAGAGCUGGGUUCAUGCACGUCUCUGAGAGCAGAUCGCUGCAGCGGCAACUUUGCAGUGGGCUGUGAACAGACUUUUUUUUUCUCCUGCAAGCUGCUGUUCACCAGGCAAAACUUUCUUGUUUCUUUUGCAAAGUUUUUGCUGCCUUCCUUCUCUCCCCCACCCCCAACUCCCUCUUCCAUCCCUUCCUAGCUCCCUCCACCACAAACCCAGCUGGUUUUAAAGAGGCUUUGCCACGUUAGUGUUCUUUUUUUAAUCCCUCCCUCCCCCUUCCUUUCCCCCCACCCCUUGAUUUUCAUCCCACUGUUUUUCCCCUCUGCCGCUUUCUCGCAUGAAUCUCCUAGACCCCUUCAUGAAAAUGACAGAAGAGCAGGACAAAUGCAUCUCUGGCGCCCCUAGCCCCACCAUGUCGGACGACUCCGCGGGGUCCCCCUGCCCUUCUGGUUCCGGAUCGGACACGGAGAACACCAGACCGCAAGAAAACACUUUCCCCAAGGGCGAUCCGGAUCUGAAGAAAGAGAGCGACGAGGACAAAUUCCCGGUGUGCAUCCGAGAGGCGGUCAGCCAAGUCCUGAAGGGUUACGACUGGACCCUGGUCCCCAUGCCGGUCCGUGUGAACGGAUCCAGCAAAAACAAGCCCCACGUGAAGAGACCCAUGAACGCCUUCAUGGUGUGGGCACAGGCGGCCCGGAGGAAGCUGGCGGACCAGUAUCCGCAUCUGCACAACGCAGAGCUCAGCAAAACCCUGGGCAAACUCUGGAGGUUGCUGAAUGAGAGCGAGAAGCGCCCUUUCGUGGAGGAGGCCGAGAGGCUGCGGGUGCAGCACAAGAAGGACCAUCCCGACUACAAGUACCAGCCCCGGAGGAGAAAGUCAGUGAAGAAUGGGCAGUCGGAGCAGGAGGAGGGCUCCGAGCAAACACACAUCUCCCCCAAUGCCAUUUUCAAGGCCCUGCAGGCGGAUUCUCCUCAGUCUUCCUCCAGCAUGAGCGAGGUUCACUCUCCCGGGGAGCACUCUGGGCAGUCCCAGGGGCCCCCGACCCCUCCUACUACACCCAAAACAGAUGUCCAGCCUGGGAAGCAAGACCUGAAGCGAGAAGGGCGCCCUUUGCAGGAAGGAGGAAGACAGCCGCCCCACAUUGACUUCCGGGAUGUGGACAUUGGGGAACUCAGCAGCGACGUCAUCUCCAACAUAGAGACCUUUGAUGUCAAUGAGUUCGACCAGUACCUCCCACCCAACGGUCACCCUGGAGUCCCGGCCACUCAUGGGCAACCCGGUCAAGUCACCUAUAGUGGCAGCUACGGAAUCAGUAGCACGUCAGCCACUCAAGCUGGAGCCGGGCCCGUUUGGAUGUCCAAGCAACCGCCGCAGCCCCAACAGCAGCCGCCACCGCCCCAGGCCCCGCCCCAGCCGCCGCAUACCAUGACCACCCUGAGCAGCGAACAGGGCCAGUCCCAGCAGAGGACACACAUCAAGACAGAACAACUCAGUCCGAGCCAUUACAGCGAGCAGCAGCAGCACUCCCCUCAGCAGCUCAAUUAUAGCUCCUUCAACCCCCAGCACUACAGUUCCUCCUACCCGACCAUCACCCGCUCGCAGUACGACUACACAGACCACCAGAGUUCCAACUCCUACUACAGCCAUGCAGCCAGCCAGAGCACCAGUUUCUAUUCCACCUUCACGUACAUGAACCCCGCCCAAAGGCCCAUGUACACGCCCAUUGCAGACACUACCGGAGUCCCUUCCAUUCCCCAGACCCACAGCCCACAGCACUGGGAACAGCCGGUCUACACACAGCUUACUAGGCCAUAAGGGCGACAACAACCACAACAACAAGAGAGAAAAAAGAACUGUCUCCAACUUUUUUUUUUAAGACACUACCGCUAAAGAUGAUGAAAAAAGAGAACACAUCAGGCCUUCUGCACUACAGCACCCUUCAGGAAGUGGCCAGACCACUCUGCUGAGAACCAGCAAAACUCGGCACAGACGUUCCAAGGACUGGACUUUACCCUUGAUUCAGGGGCGAGAGAUGAGCUUUCUCACCGGCCAACUCGUCUGCCUGUGUUUGGACUUUUGUAAUUAUUUUUAGCAGUAAUUAAAAGAAGAAGAAAACAGGAAAAAAAAAUACCCAGAGUCCUCUGUGAGGAAUAUUCUCUAUUUUAAAUAUUUUUAGUAUGUACUGUGUAUGAUUCGUUACCAAUUUGAGGGGAUUUAUAUAUAUUUUUAGAGAUUUUUUUUUUAAAUGCUCUUAUUUUUCCAACAGCUAAAACAACACUUAGUGGAGCAGCCCUAGCUUUUCUUGCAGUCAGAGGUAUUUUUGUAUAGAUAAAAGUAAUUUCUUUAAAGAAAAAUAAAAUAAAACGGUGUGCAUUAAUUAGGAACAAAAACUGUUAAACAGUGAUUGGCAUCAGGCUAAGCUUUGGUCAGCUGUGCAGCCUAGGAGACACAAGGUUUUCUAACGUGGAAGUAGAGAGAGAGCCAGGAGGAGAAUGUGUUCGUUUUAUUUUUUAAAGACCUCGAGCCUUAAAGCAGCGUUGUUGAAAAGCAACCCUGUAAUUUUUUUUUUUUUUCCUCGAGAUUCUUAUACGACUGCCUUCCAGUGCAAGGAGAAAGACAGAGCCCAGACGGGAGGCAGAUCUGAUUUCUGGGAAAACGUAUGUCUGACUCUUUUUACCAACAAUCAGCAGCAGAUUAUGAUGCCACAACCAGCAUCACCCUCCUCAGCUUCCUGCUUUGGGGACCAUGUGCACGACAUGCUGGAAGCCGCCCAUCACCUCCCCAGCCCUUUAAAGAGCCUUGAGUGCAAACAUUUAGGGCCUGAUCCAAAGCCCAUUAAAGACCCCUAUUGGCGUCAGAGGGCUUUGGAUGAAACCCGUAGGGCACAUUGGAAACAUCAGACACAUUUUAAAUUAUUUAUUUUGUGAGAAAAGCCAAUUUAAUCAAGAUUUUCUUUUUAAAAUCUCCCUUCCAUUUUUUUAACUCCUUUAAAAGCAAUUAGAUUUGUUGGAGUCUUAUUUGGAGGGUACGAUGCCUGUUAAAUUAUGGUCUAAACUGUAACCAGUUCUUUAUUUAUCUCUAAUUCCUUUUUAUUAUUAUUAUUAUUCUUUGGAAUCUGUGUCCUAGGUUUGUACAAACGCGUCCUCUUCCUUUUUUUCUUUUGUUUUAAGGAUAAACUGGAAUUUUGUUUUGUACAAACUAGAGAUUGCAAAUGUAGUGUAUCACUGAAUCAUUUGCCUUGUUUUCUGCCUCAGCUCUUUUGGACACACAAAUGUGUGUGUGUAUAUGUGAGACACAAGACACUAUUGACAAAAGCGUGUGUGUCAUCCUGCUAACCUUCCACCCCUUGAUGUUGUUUUGAGGUGGGGACUUUGGUGAAGCUGUGGCUGAACAGUUAAGAAUUGCUUUUUAAAAAAGACAGCAAACUUUUUUUUAUUUAAAAAAAUGAUAUAUUUGUUAACAGUUGCGGGAAUUUUUUUGUUUUGGGGGUAUUUUUUUUUAGGGAUUCAGUAGAAAAAAAAAUCUUAAAGCACUCAUAAUAUGGCCUCUUUCUAUUUCUGUAUAAAAGCAGAUCUUUUUAAAGUAUUUCUGUAACUUAAAAGACCUGUCAUUUAAAUCAUAUUUUGUCUUUAGGUAAGUUUGUUUUAUUUUGUUUUGUUUGCAAGACCAUUUGUUCUCUUUGUGAAACUUACCUUUUUUGUAUAUUAUUGUUUGCAAUAAAUAUACAUUGUAUUAAAAAUUU